AAAGCGAGAAGCAAUAAACAACUCGGACGAAAGAAGAACCACCCACUUCGGGCUCCCGAUGCAGCCGUACCCACGGCCUGUCCUGGGUAUCGACGUUAAAAGGCCCCGGAACCUCCUCCCGGCUUUCGGAGGCGGGACGCAAGGAGUAUGCUGAGUGCGACCGUGCACCAUAUGAUGCCCUCCCCCGAUGUGUCGAGCACACUCUACCGGUCCAGAUCCGAGCCCUUAUCGAAUUCAGCAGAUCUGUUAAGAGCGACUUCCGUCAACUCCCUAGGGAGUGAUGAGCUCAGGCCACACGUACGUUGCCGCACUAUACACGGCUCCCGACACGGGAAAAGCUGCCCCUCGAAGACCCCAAGGCGGAGAGGUUCAGAUUCAAGGACAAGGUUCUGGAGCACCGUUGCUCCUUUUGGCCCAAAAAACGCCGCGACGAAAAGCCCAACGGGAGUGGUGGGAGAACAGCCCGCGUUUUAGGUUGCGGCGAAUCAUGCUGGUGGCAUGCCACCCUCAGUUCAUGUUCUACCAGACUCGGAACAACUGUUGGGCUACAAGACAGGACAAGACGAUGGCUGCUGCAGCUCAGGUGGUCAGAAGUACUGUACCUGGUGGACACGACCCUAUCAUCGAUCUCUCAGCCAUAGCCAAUAAUAUGGGGCUCUGUACUUGGAGAUCUACCGCGAUUACGACAACGUGGCUGGCGCGUAGGCAAGGGGGCUUUCUCAGAUCAUGUUGAUAUUGUAUGUGAUCAAAAGGUGAUGAUAUUUGAAGGUUCUAUGGAAGA